UUGUGGGUCAGCCGUGGGUCAGCCGUGGGUCAGCCGUGGGUCAGCCGUGCCCCACGUGCCCCCCCAGGCCGGUGCGUGAUCGAGGUGCUGCCGCCGCUGCCCACGCGGGGUCUGGGCACGGCCGACGUCCCCGCGCUGACCGAGCGCGUCCGCGCCACCAUGCUGCGAGCCUUCGACGCCCUCACGGCCGAGCUGCGCCCCACGGCCGCCCACGGGGACCCACGGCGACCCACGGAGCCCCACGGGGACCCACGGAGACCCAUGGACACCCAGGGAGACCCACGGAGACCCAUGGACACCCAGGGAGACCCACAGCGACCCACGGAGCCCCAGGGAGAACCACAGGGACCCACGGACACCCACAGGGACCCACGGAGCCCCACGGAGCCCCAGGGGGACCCACGGCGACCCACGGAGCCCCACGGGGACCCACGGGGACCCACCGACACCCACGGGGACCCACAGCACCCCAUGGGCACCCAGGGAGAACCACAGGGACCCACGGCCACCCACGGGGACCCACGGCGACCCACGGAGCCCCACGGGGACCCAUGGGGACCCACCAACACCCACGGGGACCCACGGGGACCUACAGACCCCCAGGGAGAACCACAGGGACCCACGGAGCCCCAGGGAGACCCACGGAGACCCAUGGACACCCAUGAGGACCCACAGCGCCCCACGGGCACCCACGGGGACCCACAGCGACCCACGGAGCCCCAGGGAGACCCACGGAGCUCCACAGAUCCCCAGGGAGACCCACAGCGCCCCAUGGGCAUCCACGGGGGCCCACGGGGACCCACGGAGCCCCACGGGGACCCACAGCGCCCCAUGGGCACCCAGGGAGACCCACAGGGACCCACCGACACCCACGGGGACCCACAGCAACCCACGGAGCCCCACGGGGACCCACAGCGACCUACAGACCCCCAGGGAGAACCACGGGGACCCACGGACCCCCAGGGAGACCCCCAGCGACCCACGGGCACCCACGGGGGCCCAUGGGGACCCACAGAGCCCCAGGGAGACCCACAGCGCCCCACAGACCCCCAGGGCGACCCACAGCACCCCACGGACCCCCAGGGCAACCCACAGCACCCCACAGGCACCCACGGGGACCCACAGCGACCCACAGACCCCCAGGGAGACCCACAGCGCCCCACAGACCCCCAGCAC